GCGGACCUCGACACAACAAUACCUUGUGACAGCACACCGAUGCGAUUCGCGUGCUAGGUUUAAAUACAAGUUCAAGGAUUCUCCGACUCCAUUUGUCUCUACACCACACCUAUACCAAGGAACUUUCACUGUGUCUUUGAUCGAUUGAACAAAAGCCAACCCAGCAAUUCGCUGCCGAAUAGGACCAAUAUUCAGUGACGGGAAGUUACAGCUUGGUGGGGUUGCCUAAAGGGUGGCAUAUACUUUUCAUUGCCAUCAUUGUUGGAGUGAUUCCAGCCAAACUUCGGUUGAGAGCUACUCACGAGGUAUCUGUUCUCUGGUAGAACUGACUUCUUCGCUCUCCUCUCUUAUUCACUAGAACGGGCUCGUUAGACCACUUUUUAUCUCUCACGUAACGAAAAUGGCCGCAACAUUUUCCUACGCCCAAGCUGCCAAGGGCAUUGCCCCAGCCUCGUCCCCGGACAAAACCUCACCAGAAGAACCAAUCCAGGCGGCUUCGAACCCCGAGGACCAGAGUGUAAACUCGAGCUCGCAGACGAACACAGAUGCCGAGUCUUCCCAGGCUGAAACCGCCCAGGAGACCCAAACGACCGACAAGGAAGUCGAAUCUGCAACCACCACGAAGGCCAAUGUUUCCGAAGCAUCUUCUCCAAGUGAUGGCAACUCCUCUACGUCCUCCGCCCCCAAGGAUGAUGAGGGAACGGAUACCACCAACGGGACCUCGGAAUCUACCUGGGAUAAGCAGUCCCAGGCCUCGGGAGCUGAGAAGGUGAACACCGAGGAGGAGGAUGUCAAGGAGAAGUCCGAGAAGGAAAAGAGCGUACCGGCUAAGGAGCUCAAGGUCGCCCCUCUUCCUGCCGUGAACAUCUGGCAGCAGAGAAAGGAGGCACAGGAGGCCAAGGCGAAGGCCAUUGCAGCAUUGAAGCCUGCUGCUAAGACAGGAACUUCGAAGACUACGUCCGCCGCGUCCUCGAUAUCGGGAGAUCAGCCGGAGUCGAAGCCGGCUCCCAAGAAGAAGGGUUCCGAUAUCUCUUCGGAAAGCGCCAAGGACCGGAAGAAGACUGACGGAGCUAAGGGACGUGACGACAGUGCCAACCUUCCCCCUGUUGGAGAUGAGAGCCUGUGGCCUACCCCUCAAGUUGCGCAGGGUGAGGAGAAGAAGAAGGCCCAGGAGAAGUCUGAGAAGACCGAGAAGAGCCCUGUCAUCCGUCCUCAUGGCAAGGAGAAGUGGAUGCCUGUUCCCUACGUUCCCACCGCUGUGUUCAACACGCCUCUUCCUUCUGCCCGCAGAGGCGGAAGAACUGCUCGCGGUGGACGCGAAAACUCUCGCAACGGAGCGCAUGGCGCUGGAGCCGCUGCUGAUAAGGCUGCCUCUGGUCAGGCUGCCGCGGCGAAGCAGGCUAAUUCUACGGACAGGGGAAGGAACGAGCAGACCUCUGGUCGCGCUACCUCGCUCCCCGCACAGACGAGACGCUCUAACAGCGCUGAUGCCGGCCUACCCGACUCGCGUAAGCACCAGGCAGCGCGUGGGUCUAAGGGGGCCGAGAAUGCCAACGGCGCAUCGGCUGGGAGAAACGUUAACGGCUCGGACAAUUUCCCUCGUCAUAAGCAGUUCGCUAGAGGCCAUGAUGCAGGCCACAAGGGUGGUGAGCAUGGCUCUCGGAAUCCCCAACUUUCCGUGGAUGCACAGGCUGGUCCUCGCUCCGGCUCGAAUAAUGACCGUCGCUUCGAGAACGGUCCCAAGUCGGCGGAUUUCGCUGGUUUCCACGCUGAUCGCGAGCGCAAGGACAAGGACUUCCCUCGUGAGUCGCGUCCUGAAAGAGGUCGAGGUGGACAUCGGGGCGGCCGGGGAGGCCAUGCUGGUUUCAACGGUGCUCAGAACUCUCACUUCCCUAAUAACCACGUGUCGCACCACAAUUUCAUGCAUCCCAAGUUUGGCUUCAACGACCGCCAAAGGUCCCAACAACAUGGCCCUGUCAAUGGUUCGCAAGGGCACAGAAUGAACAUUAGGUCACCUUCCCUCCCGAACUCCACUACCAUGUUCUAUCCCUACCCUGGGGAUAUGAACACAAUGUACGGCUACCAGGCAAUGCAUGCUGGGCCAAUGACCGCCUAUCCCUAUCCCCAGCUCAUUGAACCUUACUCCCAUAUGUCCAUGAUCUCCAUGCAAUUGGAAUAUUACUUCUCCGUGGAUAACCUGUGCAAGGAUAUGUUCCUUCGGAAGCACAUGGACUCUCAGGGCUACGUUACCCUCGCUUUCAUUGCUAGCUUUAAGCGCAUCAAGAGCUUGACUGAGGAUUUCGAGCUUCUGCGUCAUUGUUCUCGCCAGCUGAGGACCGUUGAGUACCUUCAAGGCGAGGAUUGUCUAGAUCGUCUGCGACCGAGAGAGAAGUGGGAGGAUUGGGUCCUGUCUCGGGAGCUGCGCGAUCCGUCUGCACAGAACGAUGGCCCUUCUCCUAGCAGUGUUGCUAAGCCGGAAGAGACCUUCGUUGAUGGACCAGUUAAUGGACAGGUUCCCAACGGCACCGCUGAACCUCUUGGCCUGAAGACAGCAUUGUCUUCCACUGCCCCGGAGUUUUCGCCUGCCAGCGCUCUGAAUGGCCAAAGUGAAAUCCCAACUGUAUGGAACCCCGGUUUUGACUGUUUUUGAUUGAUGGAUGUGGUGUAUGCGACAAUCUCCACACCAAGUGGUCACAUACCGGCCCUAAAUUUGUUUGUGACGUAUCUGUUGACAUCUUGAAAUAGCAGGUAGACUAGCUCAGCCCACUGAGAACUCCUCCCUCGAUACCCGGGAUUUCGGAAAUUAUACUCUCAGGUGCGACAUCAAUGGGAACUCCCUACCCGACAAUUGUCGCUAACCUCCCGACAG